CACCAGCCUUGUAUAGAAUAUAAAACAUAAUAGUAGAACUCGAUCAUCAUACCAAUUAAUAGUACUUCUUGAAACAGGAAGAACAAGAAUAAGUUUUAUUGAAAUGGCACGAUUCAAUACAGCGAGUCUUAGUUUGGUGAUUGUGUUUUUCGUUUUUCCGAGCAUGGUGUUGAGUGCACAAUAUUGGGUCGGAGACGAUGAUAUUGGCUGGGGAACUUUUGGAGAAGAUUACAUGAGGUGGGCUGCUAGCAAAAAUUUCCAUGUCGGAGAUGUUCUCAUCUUCAGCUAUGACGCAAAAAUACACAAUCUUGUUGUAGCAGCUAAUAGUGACCUAUAUGAGCAAUGUAAUUACACUCCAAACUUGGGAGUGUAUCAGAGCGGCAUCGACUCUUUAACUUUGCCGGUUGCUGGGACGUAUUAUUUCUUCUGUUCAUAUCAUUGCCACCCAUUCGCAGUGAAAUUUUACAUUAAUGUAACCUAGCUACAUAAUCUAAUUGAAAGUAACCUAUGUAGAGAGAGGGGGUAGGAGUGAAAUCCUUUGAUCCUCUUUAAAAAAUAAAAAAAUAAAAAUAAAUAAAUAAAAACCUAUGUAGAGAGAAAUCUAGUUAAUUAGUAGUUUUUCUUUACAUUAAGAGUUAUUUUAAGAGUUUCUGUACCACAUGGUUUAUAGUUUCACAUAAAACUCUAAAGGAAAUGUUCCCUUCUGGAAUUUGCAAGACCCGUCAAUACGGAUUUUGGUUCGCAUGCACUCUU